GUCGAGUCUACAGGAAUGUAGACAGUCUUCAUGCAGUAGAAUGUGGACAUGGUUGUAACGAGCACGUUGUGAAUGUAGAGUUCUUCCUCUUGUGUUACAAAGUCAAUUAUUGACAAAAUGUCCCUAGAGCUCUUAGUAGGACUUGCUGUUAUUAUUGUGGUCUUCAUUUAUUACUACUUCAACCUUAACUACUGGAAGAAAAGACAUAUUACAUAUGUCAGUCCAUUAUGUCUUCUCAAAAAUCUCUGUGUACCGUACACUGAUGAGAUAGAUUUUGGAACCAUAACCCAAGAAAUGUACUUACAGAAAAAGAGAUCGGGGCAUAAAUAUUUCGGAGCAUUCGCCUUCCGAGUACCAAUCCUUAUGAUUAUUGACUUGGAUGUCUGCAAACAGAUUUUAUCGAAAGACUUUAAUUAUUUUACUGCCAGAGGUCUUCCCGUUGGUUAUAGACAUUUAUUUGCGCUGGAAAGUGAAUUUUUAGGGGACAUGAGGACAUCACUGAUCAAAACAUUCACUUCAGAAAAGAUAAAGGACAUGUUCCAACCGAUGUGGAAAUGCGCAAAGCAACUCACAGAUCACAUUAACAAAGUUGUACUGAAGGAAGGAGACUUUGAAGUGAAGUAUCUGAUGUCCAGAUUUACCGCCACCAUCAUUACUACUUGUUUCUUUGGGCUUGAGAUCAACUUCAUGGAAGAACAGGGCGACGAUUUUUUCAGGGUGAGGCAAUUAAUAUUUAAACCGAAACGGUGGCUCUUCUUUAGAUUAGUGACGCUAUUACGGCUUCCUGAAUCAGCAAAAGCUAUGGAAUCGAUCAAACCAAAGAUACUGGUAAUUCUGAGAAAAGUCAUGAGGGAGACUCUAGAAUACCGCAAAAUGCACAAGGUCGUGAAAAAUGAUAUUGUUGACAUACUCAUGAAAAUGAGAAGAAAUAAUCCCUCUCACGCUGGACAAGGCAACACAGCGCCAACACUGGAAGAAAUGAUGGCACAUGCAUUCCUGUUCUACGCGGCGGGAUUCCAGGCAUCGGGUUCUACCACCAGCUAUUGUCUAUACGAGCUGGCCCGGAAUCCGUCAAUACAGGAGAAACUUCGUCAGGAAAUAGACGAGUUGUUGGCCAAGUACGGCAAGAUAACCAACCAGGCGCUACAGAAGAUGGCAUACAUGGACCAAGUCGUACAUGAGACUCUGCGGAUGUACGCUCCCCUGCCGUUCCUGACAAGAGCCUGCACUAAGAGGUACCCGUUUCCCAAUAGCGACCUCGUCAUCGAUAAGGGUGUGUUGGUGAACAUCCCUAUCUACGCCAUCCACCACGACCCCGACAUCUACCCGGACCCUUACAAGUUCGAUCCUGACCGCUUCUCUGAGGAGAACUCAAGAGAGACACACCAAUUCGCUUUCUUACCCUUCGGCAGCGGUCAUAGAAUGUGUAUAGGCAUGAAGUUUGGAUUGCUCCAGGUAAAGUUCGCUUUGGCCACCAUCUUGUCUAAUUACCAGCUAUCUCCAGCUUCAGACACACCCUCCAGCCUGGAGCGUAACCCUCAGCUUGAGUUCUACAACGCAGAGACUACCUUCAAUCUUAGAUUCACUAAACGAACAAAACAAUAAAUAUAUCAUUAUAUGAGUAACUCAUUUUAAAUGUCUUAAAACUGCAGUGAAAUAUUAAACUAUUAUAGUGUGUUUGACUAUAAUGUUGUAAAGCAUUAUUAUAUGUUAUUUUAAUCAAAUAUAUAUAUAUUUUAAGUA